AUGUUUGCACCAAGAAAACCUCCACCUUCGACAUCUCAAUCGCGCAAUCCACAGAAAGAGUGCUUUCGCCUUCCUUUUCUCGACAAUGCUAUCUUAAAAGCUAAUGAGAAUUUUUUUAUUCGCAAUUCUUCAACCAAUUCUCCACGUCCUUUCACCGCACCAAUUUUUAACGAUUUAACGAUCCUUCAGCCCGGAGACGUUAUAGAACUUUAUGGUCCAGCCUGUAGUGGAAAAACCACAAUUUUAUAUCAUACAAUUCUUACUACAAUUCUUCCACCACGUUGGACUCGAUCGGAUGGAUGUGAUAACGCGUCAAUUGAUUUAUAUGGUCGUGGAAGAGGGGUCAUAUUUUUUGAUUUGGAUGGGAAAUUUAAAAUUCAAAGACUAUAUUCGAUGAUCUUGCAUUACCUGAUACAACGAGUGAGUAACGCGGUAAAAGAAAAGAAAGAAAAAUACAAACUUAUACCACCUUCGCACCAAAAAAAUGAAAAAACACUUGUUUCAAGUAUUGGGCCAACAAGCACAAGCGACGUGAACUUGGAUUGGAUUCCAUCGGAAGAAGAAAUUAAAACGAUUGCGAGAAUGGCUUUACACAAACUUCAUAUAUUCGAACCAACAAUUUCCGAAUCUUUUUACGCAACAUUAUUAACUUUACCAGAGUACAUGAUGGGAUGCAUUCAGAACGAAGGUUAUGAUUUCUCCUUCUUGAUGAUAGACUCGAUCAAUUCGUUCUAUUGGCAAGAUAAGGUUGAGGAAGCAGAUCAGGCGACGGAUGGUGAUAAGUGGAAGCAAAAAAACUCAUACUAUUAUGUUCACGCAUUGAAACAAAUUAUUCAAGUGACAAAAGUAAUUGUGGUGGCAACCAAUGGAAUAUCAUUGAAAUCGAAUGUCAUCCAACCACUCCCACCUGAAUUAUGCUAUACAAGUAUUGCACCAUUGGCUUGGCAAUCAUUCGUCAAAUACAGAUUUGCCCUAGCUAAACAACCUUUACUACAAUAUUUAAUUAGUCCACAGGAGGCGGUGGAUAUUGAAGAAAUAAAAAGGAAAGAAUUCCGGGAUCAACCGUGGUUUUAUGGGAGGCUAGUUACACCAAUUUUCAGUAAUACUCACAGUGUUGAAGAGGUGUUUCAAUUUCGCAUAG